GGUUAUGAUGAUACAUGAAAAGCUUCAUGUCCGCUACCUAUUGGAAACUGUGCGAAGAAUCUGCUGAGGUCGUAAUUGAUGGGUCUUUUGCUGGCUUUGUGGCCUGACGAAGACGGAGGUGUACCCGAUUCUGCUUUCAAUUUCUGUAUUUCCUUUGUAUUUGAUGAGGAGUUGUCUAAGCUGUCGUGAUUUCCGUACCUGAGCAGACUCCGGCACAUUUGAGCUCUGCAUUGGAAAAAUAUCAUCUGCGUUGUUUCUUCGUUUACAUUCUGCAUCAGAAAUAUCGCUGAUUAAGAGAGCUGCACAUUUUUGUUUUGGAUUUGAAGCUUUCAGAUUCAUUUUCAUUUCAAGCUUUCUCAACCGGAGUUGAUCAAUUCAUUACUCGAACAUCUGACAUCACGCAUUAUUGCAUUGCGUUGGACAUACAACUCAGCACCGGCACGGGAUAUAUAUUUCAUCAUGACAAAAUUACUCGAUGCGAACGAGGUGGCGAAGCACAACACUCCUGAAAGUUGCUGGGUAAUUUUAUACGACAAUGUCUACGAUGUCACAGACUUCCUCUCCGAGCAUCCUGGCGGGUCCAAGAUCAUAUUGAAGCUCUCCGGGCGAGACGCCACAGAAGAAUACGACCCGAUCCACCCACCAGGCACACUGGAAGAGAACCUCAAACCAGAAGCAAAGUUAGGCAGAAUCGAUCCAAACACUCUCCCUAAACCCAACGAGCCCUCGGUCGAAGAUACUCCAUCAUCCGCACCAGACGUGCCUCCACCACUCGACACGCUCCUCAACCUCGACGAAAUCGAGCAAGUAGCCACGCGCCAAAUGAGCCGCAAGGGAUGGGCAUACUACUUCUCCGCCAGCGACGACUUACUCUCCAAGGACUUCAACAACGCCGUAUACCGCUCCAUUCUGCUCCGGCCGCGCGUCUUUAUCGACUGCACCCACUGCGACACAUCCACCACUCUUCUGGGGAACAAAGUCGGCCUACCCAUCUUUGUCUCCCCUGCCGCCAUGGCACGUCUCGCUCACCCGUCCGGCGAAGCAGGCAUUGCACAGGCGUGCGCCAAGUUCUCUGCGCUGCAAAUAAUAUCAAACAAUGCCUCGUUGACGCCCGAGCAGAUUGUCAAAGGUGCUAUUCCCGGUCAGGUAUUCGGAUGGCAGUUGUACGUGAACGUGCACCGGCAGAAGAGCGAGGAAAUGCUCGCGCGGGUGAAUAAAUUGAGCGAUAAAAUCAAGUUUAUUUGCCUCACGCUGGAUGCUCCCGUGCCUGGGAAACGAGAAGACGAUGAACGUUCCUCAAACGUUGCGGCGAAAUUGCCUGUUGCUUCAGCAGUACAGCGGAGUCCUCCUGUAUCUGGGCCUGCACCCGGAUCUGGAGCCGGUGGGACUGGAACAGCCACCACGCUCAAGACCGCAGGAUCAUCUCCGCAGGGUAAAAAAGGCGGAAUAGGCCAGUCCCUCUUCGCCGGAACCGCACCAGACCUCACGUGGCGCGCUACCCUCCCUUGGCUGGCGCAACAUACUUCUCUGCCAAUUUUUCUGAAAGGCAUCCAGACUCAUGAAGACGCAUACCUGGCGUCCCUCUGCGCGCCGCAAGUCAAGGCCAUCAUCUUAUCCAAUCACGGCGGGCGUGCAGCAGACACCGCGCCCCCCGCGGUACAUACGCUGCUGGAGAUUCGCAAAUACUGUCCCGAGGUUUUUGAGAAACUGGAAGUCUGGGUCGAUGGCGGGAUCAAGCGCGGCACAGAUGUCGUCAAGGCUCUGUGUCUGGGUGCGCGGGGCGUGGGUAUAGGACGAGCGGCGCUGUGGGGAUUAGGCGCGGGUGGGCCGGAGGGGGUGGAGCGGACGUUUGAGAUCCUCAAGGCAGAACUCGAAACAGCCAUGCGUCUUCUCGGCGCGCAUUCCGUUGGCGAUUUAGCUUUGAGACAUGUAAAUACCCGCGCGGUCGAGCAGCAGCUAUACGACGGCCCAGUUGGACUCGAUCCUAGCGAUCUUGGCAGCGGCAAGGGCAAGGACAGACAGAUCUUGUCAAAGCUAUAACCUAUUAAAUUUUGUGUGCAAGUUUAUAUAGUGUGCUGUUUCUUGCUGUCUUGCUGUCUUGCUGUCUUACUACAAACCUUUUAUACCAGAUUUUGGGACACUCAUCUCCGAUGUGGUCAUGUAAACAGGCAGUAGAAAGUAGGAUCCACAGACCUUGAAGCCCAUGUACAAUGUCAUAGGGGCAGUAGACUAGGAAAAAAUAACAAUGUGUGUUUAUGUGUAUUGACGUGUAUUUACAAUAUCUUAGUAUAGCAUGGCAUGGUAUGGUAUGGCAUGUACAAUAUGUCGUGCACGUAUAAUAUACACAG